UUGGUAAAUAGUACUCAGUUUGCAACAACAAUAAUGAGCGACUCAAAAUUGUUUCCAAUAAAUCUUAACAAUCUUUCUUCGAAAGAGAGGCAUAAUUAUAUUCUUAAGCACUAUGUUCUUAAUUCACCGGCAGAGGCGCAAUCGCGACGACAUAAAAGAGACAUUGACGUGAUACGGGAGAACCACCGCUUCCUGUGGGAGGAGGAUGAAGAGGUGGACACCGAUUCCCUGAGUUGGGAGCAACGUCUGGCCUUGCGGUACUACAAAAAACUCUUCAAGGAAUACUGCAUAGCUGAUCUAUCCCGGUACAUGGAGAACAAGAUAGCCUUGCGGUGGCGAACGGAACAGGAGGUGGUCACCGGCAUCGGGCAGUUUCAGUGUGGCAGUCGACAUUGCGGGGAGCGGUCGGAUCUGCGUAGCUGGGAGGUUAAUUUCAAGUACAUAGAGAACGGAGCGCCCCGGAAUGCGUUGGUUAAGGUGCGCCUUUGUCCCACGCACACAGAACAGCUGAACUACCGCACCAAGAAGAAGGAGUACAAGAAGCAGCGGCGUAGGGAGAAGGCGGAACGCAGAGCUGAAAGAAAACGCAAACGACGGAAGCUUAAUACGGAGGACGAGGUUUCUUCCUCCACACAAGGCGAAGAAGAGGACACGGCGCCCCCAACGUCCUUGGAUGGUGAGGCUGAAUCGGAGCAGAAACCAGUGGAGCAGGAGGAACCCACGGCAGACGAGAAAAUUUGGCUGAAACAACCAGAUCUCACCCAGGAGCAGCCUUCCAGGGAGCAGGAAUUCGAGAGAUAUCUAGAGGAUCUACUUUUGUAAAAUACAUAGCACACAUUUAUUUGGAUUCAACGUAUGUAGACACUAGUGCUCUUUUUAUAGUUACUGGCCGCGAGAUGCUUAUGAACUAGGAUGUACAUGUACACUACUCACAUUUACAGGAUUAUUAUUCACAAGAACUGUGUGUUAAAACCGACACCAAAUCUGAAGUUGAACUGGACAUUAAGGCUGUGACUUUGUGUGUUUUGAAAACAUUCCGGACUGCUACUUGGCCAAACCGUCAUUUCUGUACUCAUCGAAUGAAAAGCAGAGGUUCAAAAAAUACAUACACUCUGACGGUUGGGGUUAAUGUGCGUUUCUGCGGUGAACAGCACAACCAAUUGUUUAAAUCCAGCCGCUGAAGCGUUUCUAAAUAUAAAUCGCUCUAGAAUAAAUAGCCUCCCGACUGUGUUUACAUUCGACGAGCAUAGAAAUCUCGAUUAA